AUGAGUAGCACCAAUUCGACAUCUCAAUCGGCGCUUUUAUUGAAAAGACAAUUGCAAGAUUUGAAACGAUCACCAGUGGAAGGAUUCUCAGCUGGUCUUCGUGGUGAUGUUGAAGAUAUUUACAAAUGGGAAGUGGUUGUACUUGGACCACCAGAUACUCCGUAUGAAGGUGGUGUAUUUCGUGCUACGCUUGAUUUUCCAGUUGAUUAUCCGCAACGACCACCAAAAAUGCGAUUUACUUCAAAAAUUUGGCAUCCAAAUAUAGACAUCAAUGGCAAUGUUUGUAUAUCAAUCCUUCAUGAACCAGGUGAUGAUCGUUAUGGCUAUGAGAAACCGGAAGAGCGUUGGUUACCGGUUCAUACGGUUGAAACUAUUUUACUAUCUGUUAUAUCUAUGCUUGCCGAUCCUAAUUACGAAUCACCUGCUAAUGUUGAUGCUGCCAAAAUGCUUCGUGAAAAUUAUCCAGCAUUUAAAAAGAAAGUUGCUGAAUGUGUACGCAGAACACAAGAAGAAAUUUAG